UGUUUCCUGCAUAGCAGUCAGUACAUUUCAUUAUACCCUGGGACAUUUCCGUUGAGUCAAUUUUAGUUUAGUACAUUUCAGUGUAUUUUUUUCUUGUGAGGUCUGAGGCAGCCGUCAGGUGACAUCUUGUUGAAAUGACUCCCUCGGUAUAAGGCUGCUGAUGUGUCUGUUUUACAUGCUCCUCCCAGCUGGUGCUCCCGGAGUAUCUCAUCCAUGUGUUCUUCUGCGUGAUGUUCCUGUGUGCUGCGGAGUGGCUCACCCUGGGCCUCAACAUGCCACUGCUGGCCUACCACGUCUGGAGGUACGUUCAAGGGGUUUUAUUUGUCACUUUAAACUAUAAACUCAUGCCAUUUUGUUUCCCCCAGUGAAAACGGUACAGUAAACAAACGCUUACACACUCACACAUGCAUUCUCUGUUCACAUUCUAACCCUUAUAUAUUUCUGCUGCAACGUUGACCUUCCAAUGGCAAUUUUCAUGAUUUGUUGAAAACAAUAUAAUGAAUCUCAGCCUGGAUGACUGAUUAAAAAAAAAAAAAAAUGUAAUUGACUUAACCAUGCUGACUACAGCUAAAGGUAUCAUGUUUUCAAUCAGGUUUGUGAGCAAAUGUGUCCUGUUUCUUAUAAAUAAGCAUAAAUGUUUCAAUGUUUUUGUAGGUUUACAAGUAAAUGUUUGUUUCUUUGCAGGCACAUACUCUUCACUUUUAACAGAUUCAAACCCUGUGGACCUUUUUAAAUAGUUCUGCUGCUAUGUAUCAACACGUUUCCUGGUUAAUCAUUUGUUGAAACACACGUGCUGACUUCCAUGUCAUGUGUCUCUGCAGGUAUAUGAGCAGGCCGGUGAUGAGUGGUCCAGGACUCUAUGAUCCGACUACAAUCAUGAACGCUGACGUCCUGGCCUACUGUCAAAAGGAGGGCUGGUGCAAACUGGCCUUCUACCUCCUCUCCUUCUUCUACUAUCUCUAUGGGUAUGGUAUUAUCUCUACCUCCUCUCCUUCUACUAUCUCUAUGGGUAUGGUAUUAUCUCUACCUCCUCUCCUUCUACUAUCUCUAUGGGUAUGUUAUUAUCUCUGGGUAUGUAGUAAUAACUGAUCUGCCUUAAAGGCUGAGUUUUGUUUUUGGGCUCAUGUGAAUGUGAAUGAAUGUUACACCGUUUCAAUAACGUGUUUCCUCCUAAAGUGUUCUUUUAUUUACAGGAUGAUCUACGUGUUGGUGAGCUCUUAGACAGGUCAGAGAAGAAGAGAGGAAAGGACUGCAUGUAGGAGAUAAAACACUGGUUUUAGUGGCCGGAGGAGAAGCUGAAGUGGGACCUGCAGCGAAGACCAACCAUUCACCACUCAGUGAUUUUCAAGAUGGCUGCAGUUUCAAGAGGCAGGAUUGACUCGACCCCAACGCAGUGCAGAGCGCCAUUACUAUACUGAAACAUUUCUCCCUUUUUUUUUUUUCUUUUUCUUUAAUGAAUAUCGUCUGUCCUCUCGUUCAUCGUUCUACAGUCCCAACACUAAAUGUUUGAGAGGAAGAACGACAGACUUGGGACUCUUAUUCAUUUCUAUUAUCUUGUCAUUAUUUGAAGCUUUUAAACAUUUGAAUUUAAAUAAUGUUUGACUUUUUCUCUUCUUUUUUUUUUGCCCCUCCCUACUUUUGACUGUUUACAAAUUAGAACAGAUUCAGAGCUGUCUGCUUAUUAUGAACUAACACUUAAUUUACUAUUAGGACAUUUUGGAUGUGAAUUAGAUGCCAGGCUUUUAAAAUGUAUUUUAAGGUAUGCAAUGGGGGUUAUCGUAAUUACAUAGAUAAAUCAUUUUCUUGCCCAGACACAUUGAAAACUUGAACUUACCUAAAAUGGGUUUAAAGGGUUGAAUACAUGAUUAGUAAUAUCUUGAUCACCUGAUGGAAAAAUGUGUUGCACAGACGGGGACAAUCAGUAGGGUUGUCGUAAACUAUUUGAUACUUUCUGAACUUUCGUUAGACUUUUAUAGCCCUUUAGUCAUACAUACUCGCUUUAAGGGGUGUUUUUUCCUUUUCAGUAGAUGCUAAUAGGCUAUUUGUGUGAAGCUACAGAAAUCCUAAGAAGAGAUUUCCGUAAUGUGAUCAUGAAACGUUGCUUACGAGGAAUAUCUGUUAUCAUUGAACCUGUUAUGAGCUCAAAGAAAAACAACCAACAAUUCCAUAAUGUCCCGUUAGCCCCCCCAUCUUUAUUGCAUUGUUUUUUUUUUAACGAAAAUAUUUGGUUUAAAUUGUACACGUGCCCCUCCAGCAUGAUUUUAUUUAUUUAUUCUAGAUAGAGAAUGUUAAUCAUCUCCCCAGAUGUUUCACUCCAGUUUACAUUACGACCUAAAAUGGAUGUUGCUGGAGCAGUGAUGUUUUUAUUUUCUCCGACUACUUGCAGAUUUAUCAGGAUUUUAUCAGAUUGUCCUUUUUUUGUUUUAUAUUUCCAAAUGCAAGAUUGUGGGACGACCAAAAUAUCAAGAAUGUUGUUGUCCCCAAGUGUUUUCUGUAUUUGCCAGUUUUCCCACCCUGUAAAAUCAUCAGGGUGGUUGGCAUGUUUGUUAUACGUGUGUUUGGCUUUAAUGUCAAUGUGUUCAUAGUAGAGUAGCUCAUUUUCACCCAGUCACAACUAGUGAAUGAAAAACUUGAGUUGUGAAUCCAAAUAAACCUACCCCACUAUACUCUCUA